UUGUAACCGUAUGUUCCAUAUUUGUAGUCUUUCGGCUCCUCCUCAAAUAUCCUUUGCCUUAACCCCCCUGCCAGUGGGCACCUAAUGCCUUGCCCAAGUAAAAAAAUAAUAAUAAAUCCCAAAACUGACAGCCUCACUGGUGGCGUAAUCCUAGCUGUCAAUGCAGAGCCAAGUAUUUAUUAUUAAAGUGUCCGUUACGUUCCUGAAACUAAAGUCAUUUAUUUACAGCGGUUUGAGCUUCCAGUCUAUCACUUUUUAGACUGUGUAUUUUGUCGGCAUAAUCAUGCCCCUGCGCAGAAGGGUUGCCAACUUAAAUUCCGAGUGACUCUACUUUGUGUGAGUGAGUUGCCAAAUCUCGGGUAUUACAUUUUCUGCUGACUAAUGCCCAAGAACAGAUUUCAAGACAGAGUCCAAAUCAUUCCAUCUGUGACUAUCAUAGAUAAUUGUAGUGCGCGACGUGUAUUCCAAUAAAUUCUUAAAAACUAGUCAAAAUCUAAAAACUAGUUGAAAAAGUCAAACUUAAAAGCUAGUAGUACGGUAAAUUGUUAAAUAGUAAGCUAUUGUUCUAUUUCUAUCAAAAGAAUAAGGUUCAGCCGCUAUUGUGAAAUAGCAAGUGUUAAGAAAAGGUCCACUUCUGGGCCUUUUCUUUUUGACCUUCGGGGUCCCAAAACCGGAGGACAGUGUUCGUUUUCCCACAGAAAUACCACCGACGCACUGGACACGCCAAGAUCCGCUGGCACACGGAAAUCGCAUCGUCGAUACGCUGUCAUCCCGAAAUCUCUGGCUUCCCUACGGUGGACGGACAUUCCCACCGGAGGCCAUUCUUCGGCACCGCCAUUUUGGAAAUUCAGCGACAAACCACAUGGCCGGUCGAUAACUGCGAUUCAGUGUCCUUUAUCAGAACGGCGUCAGCGGACUCCACCCCUCGGUCGUCGGUAGGAACCGGGCUACACAGAGGUUCCCAAACUCUUGUGGACGUAGACCCCUCGGUAACCAGCAACGCCUCUGCAACCAACAAUCCCCCCUCCGUCAACCCACCGUCAACCAACCACCCACCGUCGCCCACCAGCUGCCCGUUGCCGUAUGCAUGCCACCACCGACCUCAAAGCUAGCCACCGUUCGUCACCACCAGAAUCCAGUAACCGCAAGUACACCUUUAUGAUCAAAUGUUUCUCUCGGUAGGGCCCAGAUUGGGCAAAAUAAACAUAGCUAUGUAAGUUCAAAUAUUGGUGGUUAGUUUCUAUUAGAAAACCGCACCAUUAGUCCAUAUACGCCCUUUUUGUUAUUUUGGUCGUCUUUCCGUGCCCCAUAAGGAGCCUUCACGCCUCGAUCUGGGUAGUCCAUCGGAAAGAUACGGUAUUUACCUUGAAUCUGAUUAACUUUGGUCGUAGAAUUCAGUUGGUGCCCACUCCCUCGCACGGACGUGGUAGCUAAUGUGUAGAAUCCUGCUCCUGCUAAAGGUGAGUGACCAGUUGAGCUUUCGUAACGGUGCUAUUAAUGAAUAAACGACCCCGUGCUCAGUAAUAUUCCCACCCACAAUAUUCCCCACUGAGUGGCCGAGUGGCUACAAAAUUGGCGCCCAACAAAAAAUCAUUGUAAUAGCAUUCGUUCAUUGACGAGAAUUUCAGAAAUCCCUGUAUUAGAGGAGAACCAAACAAUUCUUGUUUAUUUUGGUUUCGUUCUCCAAACGAAAAUGGAUUUAGAGUUCGAGGUGCAAUAUAAACAGCUGAUGGUGCAUCAUUUGGAGAGGCACGAAAUUGAGUACGAGUUGGCCAUUAGAGCCGUGCAGUUUGAACCCUCAGAGUCUCGAUCGGCAAUCCAAAGGAGACUCAGGGAUCGUUUGAAGGAAGAAAAAGGACUGAAUACUUUAGAUGUUGAUUUUCUUAGGUUCGAUAGAACGGUAGAUGCAGAGAUCAAAACAAUUGAUGCGAAUGUUGAACAAAUUCGAGAAUACCUUGAGAAUGAAGUGCGAUUCGAAGGAUUUAAGGACAGCUUGAAGACCCGACUCGUGCAUUAUUUUGCUCGGGUUCGCCGUGCUCAGGAAUAUGCUGAGGCGGACGAGGAUCUUACAGAUUUCGACAAGCUCCUCUGUUCAAUUCGAGGGCUUAUGAACACCCAUUUUUCGAUAUUUUCGCCGAUUCAAUCGGUUAGGGAAGAAGUUAUGCAGGAGAUCGUACGGUCGGUAUCAAAUUUGAAGUUGGGAGCAGUUCCGAAAAACAAUAAAUCCAAGAAAGGAGAAAGAUCAGAUCAAAGCCACUCAAAAUCUACCGAAGGUCAAGGCCUGGAUCUUAGUGCCUCUGAUAGAGAGGACAGGGAGUUAGGGGCAGUCGCUCGUCAGGAAUCUUCGCGUCGCGUUUUGAAGUCGUACAGAAAAUCCGGAAAAGAAGUUGGAUCGAUGUCAGAGGUGCUCGCCUCAUUGUAUCCGUUCGUGCAGCCGCCUCACGCCUAUGGUGGGCCUCGCAAAGACGUUAGUCAAGAUUCGAACCAGUCGGAAAGAGUCAUUCGUAAAUUCUCGCUUAGUCAUCGAUCAAAGUCAAGGCCAAGUCCCGCGGCCGAGACAUCGGACUCAGUUGUAGAGUCUGAUCCGCCGAGUAGUGCGUCGUCAUCGGAACCACCGGUAGAGAGACAUCGGGCGAAUCGUCACCGCCGCCGUGCACCACCUAAGAGUAGGCCGGUUUCGGAGUGGAACAUUAAAUAUGACGGAAGAGACCAAGGUCAAACCCUCAUGAAGUUCAUUAAAGAGGUCGAUUUUUAUGCAAAGUCCGAGAACGUGUCGAAGCGCGAACUUUUCCGAUCCGCGAUCCAUUUAUUUAAAGAUCAAGCCAAGUCGUGGUUCAUGUCCGGCGUAGAAAACGAGGAUUUCGCGAAUUGGGAUGAGCUCGUGGCGGAACUCAAACGAGAGUUCCUUAGUCCCGAUCAUGAUCACGUGAACGAGAUUAAAGCGAUAUCGCGGAAACAAGGGCCCAAGGAACGUUUUUCCGAUUACCUUUCCGAGUUACAGAAGAUUUUCAACUCUCUCACGAAACCGAUUUCAGAGAAAAAGAAGUUUGAAAUUGUUUAUCGCAACUUACGGUCGGAUUACAAGGGUCACGCGGUUGCGUCGAAUAUUGACAAUCUGGCAGACCUGAAAAGGUUUGGCCGACAAUUAGAUUCGACUUAUUGGUAUAAAUAUACCCCCAAUAAUCAAGAUCAGGUCGCGUCGCGAAACAAAGCGCAGGUUAACGAGGUUCGUGAGACUAGAUAUCAACCAAAACCGCCGGGAGAGGAUCAGAAGAAGUCGUUCAAGUCCCGAAACUUCUAUCGGUCGCGAAAAGAAGGAUCAGGAGAAGAAGACCAACCCAGGAAAAAGUCGUCGCGCGAAAAUCCCAAGAACUCAACGUCAGAAGCGAAAAACCCAGAAGAACCCAGACUAUCGCGAGCUUGGGUCGAUAGGUAUGUGCCCCCUGAAGAAGGCACAUGUUUCAAUUGUAGACGCCAGGGGCACGAUCAUACCCAGUGUACCUACUAUCGUAACAAGUUCUGCCUAAGAUGCGGGUUGCAUCAGGUUGAAACUAAAAAUUGCCCGUAUUGUGCAAAAAACUUCAAAUAGACUACCU